AUGUCUUGGCUCUUCGGCUACUCGAGGCCACACCUUCCCGACUUAGGAAGUGACACUUCGGCGUCUGCACCUCCACCACCACCUCCAAGAAAGGAUGACAAAAAGAAUCUUGAAGAAGCCAUCUCUGGAUUCAGGUUUGACUCUGCGGCCUUAGAAAGAGCAGCCAAAGCCGCUCGUGAACUGGAGGGUUCAAAGUACGCCAAGGAGGCAUUUGAGUUGUCUCGAAUGAACGAGCAUACGCAACAGUUAGAGUAUCAAACCAAACUAAGGGAAUAUGAACUUGGAAUCGAGCAAAUGAAGAGCCAGCAGAUACGUGUACAGCAAGAAGAACGACGAAAAACUCUAGAAGAAGAAGCAAAAAUUCAGAAGCAUCGUGUCGAGUAUCAGGACAUGCUUGCCAGGAAACGUCAGGAAGAUCAAAUGGCUCAACAAGCUCGCAUGCACGAAGAAACGCUGAGGAAACAAGAGGAGUCUGUUCAAAAGCAGGAAUCAAUUCGACGACAAACAAUUGAGUACGAGGCAAAUUUGCGUCACCAAAAUGAGCUUAAGCAAAUAGAGGCUCGGCUCCGUGGUGAAGCCCAAAUUGAACGGGAAAAUCGUGACAUAAGGCUGGAGAGAUCUCGUAUUGAAGCGAGGGAGUAUCGGGAGACUAUUUUGCAGUCAAUACAAACAGCGGGAUCUGUAAUUGGUGCUGGUUUUAAUGCAUUCUUUGCUGAUCGAUUCAAAGUCGCAACUGCUGUUGGUGCUGUGACUGUUUUGGCUGGUGGUGUAUAUGCUGCCAAAUUUGGACUCGGUACCUUGGCCCGGUACGUGGAAUCUCGGAUCGGCAAACCUUCACUGGUGCGGGAGACGUCUAGGCUCAAUGCCGUCGAUUUGAUUCUACAUCCGAUUCAGGCUAUUCAGAAAACAUUCAACCGCCCUGGUGACCCCCUGAAAAAUAUUGUACUUGAACCUAGUCUUGAAGCGCAUUUGCGAAAGGUUGCUAUCGCUACACGGUACACCAAAGCAAACAAAGGCUUUUACAGGAAUGUUCUUAUGGCUGGUCCUCCCGGAACUGGCAAAACUAUGAUGGCCAAGAGUUUGGCUGUCCAUUCCGGUUUGGAUUAUGCUAUUAUGACUGGCGGGGAUAUUGCGCCCUUGGGGAGUGACGGUGUAACGGCAAUUCACAAGGUGUUCAAUUGGGCCAGAACUAGUCGUAGAGGUGUUCUGUUAUUCGUCGAUGAAGCUGACGCCUUUCUGCGAAAGCGUGAACAGGAGCGAAUCUCCGAAGGAAUGCGCGCAACUCUAAACGCUUUCCUCUAUCGAACCGGUGAACAAUCUCAGAAGUUCAUGUUGGUUUUGGCAAGCAACCAGCCGGAGCAGUUUGACUGGGCCAUCAAUGAUCGAAUGGACGAAAUUGUUUAUUUUAACCUGCCGAAACAGCGGGAGAGGGAGCGGAUGAUUCGUCAGUACUUUGAUCUCUACCUUCUCCAGCCCUCAAUGGACAGGAAGCAGCGCAUCCACCUCGCUGACGACAUUGACUAUGCAACCAAGUGCAAGGAGGUGGCAGCCCGAACUGAGGGUCUCUCGGGUCGUGAGCUUUCCAAGAUCGCCAUCGCCUGGCAGACAGCGGCAUUUUCAAGCAAAGACGGUACUCUUAAUGAGGAGAUGAUGGACAACAUUGUAGACAAUGCGGUAGCAGCGAACAAGAAAAAACAGGAAUGGCGGCAGUGUCGGCUUCCCGAUUGGCAAACAGAGCACCUGCAGCCUCCACCUUAG